AUGGACGAGACGGAAGGCAGUGCUGGGCAUCCGGGCCCCGCAGAGCGGUCCCACCGAAGCAGCGUGUCCUCCGUGGGAACUCGAGCUGCGGACGUGCUUGUGUACCUGGCGGAUGAUACGGUGCUGCCACUGGCUGUGGAGAACCUGCCCUCGCUCAGUGCCCACGAGCUACACCGAGUAGUUCGAGAGGUCCUGCAGCUCCCGGACAUUGCCCUGGAUGUCUUUGCACUUUGGCUUGUCUCCCCUCUGCUGGAGGUGCAGUUGAAGCCCAAGCACCAGCCCUACAAGCUGGGCCGCCAGUGGCCGGAGCUGCUGCUGCGCUUCACUGAUGCGCCAGAUGAAGACGUGGCCGUGGAUGAGCCUUCCCUACAAUUCCGAAGGAAUGUAUUUUUUCCAAAGCGGCGGGAGCUACAGAUCCACAACGAGGAGAUUCUGCGGCUGCUCUACGAGGAGGCCAAGGGCAACGUGCUUACUGCGAGGUACCCGUGUGAUGCAGAGGACUGUGAGGCCCUGGGGGCCCUGGUGUGCCGUGUGCAGCUCGGGCCCUACCAGCCUGGCCAGCCUGCCCCUUGCAGUUUAAGGGAGAAGCUGGACUGCUUCCUCCCUGCCCACCUCUGUAAGCGGGGCCAUGGCCUCUUUGCUGCCCUCCGAGGUCGUGGUGCCAAGGCUGGGACUGGUGAGCAGGGCUUGCUGAACGCCUACCGCAAGGUGAAAGAAGUGGUUGUCAGUGGCGGCAGCAGCAGCGAGUGUGAGGCUCCCCUGAGCACCCACUACCGCGCCUACCUCCUCAAGUGCCAUGAGCUGCCUUUCUAUGGGUGUGCCUUCUUCCACGGCGAAGUUGACAAGCCAGCCCAGGGAUUUUUGCACCGGGGCGGGCGCAAGCCGGUGACUGUGGCCAUCUGUCUGGAGGGCGUGCACGUUAUCGACUGCCGGGAAAAGCACGUGUUGCUGGGCCUGCGCUUCCAGGAGCUGUCGUGGGACCACACUUCCCCGGAGGAGGAGGAGUGCGUACUGUGGCUGGAGUUUGACGGGGAGAGCGAGGGCACACCCGUCAACAAGCUGCUCAAGAUCUACUCCAAGCAGGCUGAACUGAUGAGCAGCCUCAUCGAGUACUGCAUCGAACUGAACCAGGCUGUGGAACCCACUGCCCCCCAGGAGUGUGAUUCUGGCCCCAACUUAGACUCUGGCUCCUCGCCACCUCCCACACAGCGUCCCAAGCUACGGCGGCAGGGCAGCGUGGUCUGUAGUCGCAUCCAGCAUCUCUCCACCAUUGACUAUGUGGAUGAUGGCAAGGUGAUCAAGCGGGUCAAGCCAAAGCGCUCCACGUCCUUCUUCAGCCGGCAGCUCUCCAUGGGUCAAGGGAUCUACAGCGUGGUGCAGCCCACAGACAGCCUGGAGCAGAGCUGA